CAAAAGAAAACAAAAGACACAGCGAAGCCACGGACGGCUACCUCCUCUUCUUCUCUUCUCUUUUACUUGCUUGAGCUGUAGUGAUUCCUUUUCUUCCUUCGGGUUUCCGUUCGUGAUCUCCUCGGGUUCUUGGGUUCGAUCCCGUAUCUCCUCUUUGACGAAUCGAAGCUCCUCGGAGGAGGAGCGGAGGGGGCGUGUUUUCGAUCUGAAGACGAAUGCGGGGUGCGAUUGGAGGUGAUUAGGGGUCUCGAUUGGAGAAUGCGGCGGCUUGGACGUGAUGGCGACGCCACCGGACUCGGCGCUGGAGGCGGGGACGCGGCGGCGGAGGAUGUAGGCAAGCCGGUGGUGGUGGCGGUCCCACCGGCGGCGCAGGCGGAGGUGAUCUUCCACUCCAGGAGUAGAUCUCAGGGCGUCGGGGGCCGGAGAGUCGCCCCCGUCACCCCUGCCGCCGGUUCCCCGGAAGAGGACGCGACGGUGGCGGUGGUGGAGAAGGUGCUCCCUAACGGUGACAUGUACACCGGGGGUUUCAUCGGGAACUCUCCCCAGGGUCGGGGGAAGUACCUGUGGGCCGACGGGUGCAUGUACGAGGGGGAGUGGCGGCGGGGAAAGGCCGCCGGAAAGGGCAAGUUCUCCUGGACCUCUGGCGCGACGUUCGAGGGCGAGUUCCGCUCCGGACGAAUGGAGGGCUUCGGGACCUUCACUGGGUCGGAAGGCGACACCUACCGUGGCUCCUGGGUCGCCGACCGGAAGCACGGGUACGGAUGCAAGUGGUACGCCAACGGCGACUACUACGAGGGCGGGUGGCGGCGCAACCUCCAGGAGGGUCGUGGCCGGUACGUAUGGCGCAACGGGAACCAGUACGUCGGAGAGUGGCGAAACGGGGUCAUCUCUGGUCGCGGGGCGCUAGUCUGGGCAAAUGGCAACCGCUACGACGGCCACUGGGAGAACGGCGUCCCGAAAGGGAGCGGCGUGUUCACGUGGCCCGACGGCAGCUGCUACGUUGGUAGCUGGGGUAAAGGUGAUCAGAAGAGCCUCAACGGAACUUUUUACCCUGCCGUCACUGCCGACCGGAAGGAGAUCGCCGGAAAAAGGAGCCCUUUCUCGCCUUUGGAUGACACAUUUGUGUUGCCGCCGCUGGUACCAGCGUCGAGGAAAAGAUCGUCGGUGGAUGGAGUACUGGGGAGGAAGAGCUCCACCGCGGAUAAGAACUUCCCCAGGAUCUGUAUCUGGGAAUCCGAAGGCGAGGCCGGAGACAUUACAUGCGAUAUUCUUGAUACAAUCGAGGCGGCGAUGCUUUGCCAGGAUGACUUGUCCUCCGAUCAGGCCGGGCAUGCACUCAUUGGUAGUGUGCCACCGCGGCGGAGCCCAUUUUGCUUGUCGGCAAAGGAGGCGAAGAAGCCAGGGCAGACUAUAUUGAAGGGCCAUAAGAACUAUGAUCUGAUGUUGAGCCUUCAAUUGGGCAUCAGUUACUCUGUUGGGAAGCCAGGUUCACUGAGAGAGCUCAAAGUGGGAGAUUUUGAUCCCAGGGAGAAGUUUUGGACGAGGUUCCCUCCUGAGGGAUCAAAGAUUACUCCACCCCACCAGUCUGCAGAGUUCCGGUGGAAGGAUUAUUGCCCUGUGGUUUUCAGACACUUGAGGAAGUUGUUUAAUGUGGAUCCGGCAGAUUAUAUGGUAGCUAUAUGUGGAAAUGAUGCUCUGAGGGAACUAUCUUCUCCUGGGAAGAGUGGAAGUGUCUUUUACCUAACCCAAGAUGACCGCUUCAUGAUAAAGACUGUAAAGAAAUCUGAAGUGAAGGUGCUUAUUAGGAUGUUACCCAGUUAUUACCAACAUGUACGUCGAUAUGAGAAUUCACUGGUCACAAAGUUCUAUGGUGUGCACUGUGUGAAACCAAUUGGGGGGCCAAAGGUACGAUUUAUUGUAAUGGGCAAUUUAUUUUGCUCAGAAUAUCAUAUUCAUAGAAGAUUCGACCUGAAAGGUUCAUCCUAUGGCCGAACAACUGACAAGGCAGAGAAAGAGAUUGAUGAUAUGACAACCCUCAAAGAUCUCGACCUGAACUACGUAUUUCGCCUGCAUAACUCUUGGUAUCUGGAGCUUCUCGAACAAAUCAAGCGAGAUUGUGAAUUCUUGGAAUCUGAGGGAAUUAUGGAUUAUAGUCUCCUGUUAGGACUUCACUUCUGUGAUGAUGUUUCAGCAUCUUCGACGGGCCUAUCACCAUGUUCUGCAUCUCCAAAAUCUCACCGCAAGAGGGGCUCAUUUCAAGAUCGAACAACUCGGUCUGGCUUGCAGUUCUCAAGAUCAACCCGUCAAGAUAUGGAUUUGACUAUGGAUGGCCGGAACCCUUCAAUUCGGCUGGGUUUGAACAUGCCAGCAAGAGCAGAGCACACAACAAGAAGCGCCUCCGAUCCAUUUAUCGCUGGUGGAGGGUUGCCGAUGCUAACCCGCAGUGGCAAGAUCCAUGAUGUGAUUCUCUACUUCGGGGUAAUAGAUAUUCUCCAGGAUUAUGAUAUUACUAAGAAGCUGGAGCAUGCCUACAAAUCCUUGCAGGUGGAUCCCAAUUCCAUCUCAGCAGUAGAUCCAAAGCUCUACUCCAGAAGAUUCCAAGACUUCAUCAGGAGAAUUUUCAUGGAAGAUGACUAAUAUAGGGAAAGGAAAGGAGGGGAUAACCGGAACAAACUUCUGAAGCUAAAAAUCUUACUACAAGUGGCAUGAUUUUGUGAGGAGAAUGGGAUCAGUGAAAAUGGAAGUAGUUUCUGUUAUCGGUUCAACAUGUUCUGUUCGUAAGGUGCUCUCAGACAUCUGAAUUCGAAAAAAAUCAAUCGGAGGAGGGAGAAGGUGUGACCGAGGAAGAAGAAUUUUAAGGUUGCUAAACAAGAGGCAGAUGAGCAAAAAAGGUGGUUCGCGGCUCUUGGAAACCUAAUGUGCAGAGGCUAAGUACUUAUUCGAGGAAGGCCAUAGGUGGUCAGUGAGGUUAAUAAUUCUGAAGCUCACGAUAAUGCUCGGCACAGAGAACAUGAAUUUGAGAGCUUCAACCAUCCAUCAGAUGAACGCAUAUUUUUGAAUUGCUAAUUUGCAAACUCAAAAGCUCUACAGAACUCAGUAGCUUCGGUCCAAGAGCCUCGAAUCACCUGCGGAGGACGAAAACAUUUGCUCGGCCGGACAACACUGGGCUGGUUAGGCUGAAUUUUGAAAGCUCAGCCAUGAUGAAAUGUUGUCACAUGUUAAUUUUGUUUAGGAUUGGAGGAUUCCCACUAGUUUUCUUUAUUUGUUGUUGUUUCAGAUACAAAGGUUACUCAAAUUUUUUGCUUCCUGGGAGAAAUAUGAAGCCGUUGUUGAAGGCAUCAAAUAAGACUUGUAUAGGUCAUAAAUGACGACGAUGUUUAUGAUGAUAAUAUAAGCAUUGUCAGAGUACAUUUGAACUCC